GUUUGAACGGAGUUCUUCCUUUUGGCACACUUUGAAACUAUGUUUGAACUAAGGAACACCAGCAAAAAUGGAGUCUCAAGUCCGUCAGGACUUCCACCGUGAGUGUGAGGCUGCCAUCAACCGGAUGAUCAACAUGGAGCAGUUUGCCUCCUACACCUACACUUCUAUGGCUUUCUACUUCUCCCGAGAUGAUGUGGCCCUUCCAGGCUUCUACAGUUUCUUCAAGGAGCACAGUGAGGUGGACCGUGAGCAUACUGAGAAGUUCUUGUCCUUCCAGAACAAGCGAGGAGGCAGAAUCUUGCUGCAGGAUAUUAAGAAACCAGAGCGUGAUGAGUGGGGCAGCGGGCUGGAGGCCAUGCAGUGUGCUCUGCAGCUUGAGAAGAAUAUCAGUGAAGCUCUGCUGAAGCUCUACAAACUGGCCUCUGAACAUAUAGAUCCUCAUCUGUGUGACUUCCUGGAGGCUCAUUACCUGAACGAGCAGGUGGAGACCAUCAAGAAGCUGGGUGACUACGUCACCAGCCUCACCAGUAUGGAUGCCCACAACAACAAGAUGGCAGAGUAUCUGUUUGACAAGCACACUCUGGGUGGCAAGAGCUAAAUGCA